GCUCUACAACCGCUGAUGGUGUCUAACCUCCAUACAGAAGCAAAGGAUUGGAUCAUAAACCAAUAAAGGGUCAAGCUUUCUACCGAAGGCGGUGGUGGUCACUGAGCUCGCACAUCGCCUGUGAGUGUGAGAGUGUAGAAAGUGUUUGGCUAGUGGACACAGCGGACGUCUGUCUCUCAAUUAGAAUGGCCGACUCCCGCCUGCCCGUGGCCGACCAGGACCUCCACUUCGUCUGGCUAGACUACACCGUGUUCGGUGGUAUGCUGCUGGUGUCCACGAGCAUAGGGCUCUACCACGGCUGCAGGAUACUCCGCCCAGGGACUGCCAAGGAGAGUGAUAACUCACCCGGGGAGUUCCUUAUCGCCAACGGCAAGCUGGGCACCCUUCCUGUCGCUCUCUCGAUGUUGGCCAGUUUCUUGUCGUCCAUCACGCUGAUGGGACAGCCGGCCGAAGUGUACCAGUAUGGUGCACAGAUGUGGAUCUUCGGUCUUGCUACUUUCUUCCUCGUCCCCUUCGUCGGAUACGUCAUGAUUCCCUUCUAUCGCAAAGCAAAAUACACUUCAGCUUACCAGUACUUCGGACACAGAUUCAAUCGCUGGUUGCAGUUGCUGGCCUCCUUACUUUUCAGUGUGCAAAUGGUGCUCUACCUAGCUCUGGUACUCUAUGCUCCAGCUCUGGCUAUGCAUCAGGUGACCGGAUUCAAUACAAUGCUCGUGGUGUCUAUAAUGUACAUUGUCUGCAUCUUUUAUACGACAAUUGGAGGGAUGAAGGCGGUGGUAUGGACGGACACCUUCCAAGUGGUGGUGUUGUACGCCGCAAUGUUCACCGUUCUGGCCAAGGGAACGUCGGACAUCGGAGGCUUCCAAGUCGUCUGGGAGCGCAACCAAGCUUUCAACCGUACUAAUCUCUUUACUUGGAGUUGGGACCCGACAGUUCGCUAUUCUGUUCUGUCUUCGUUUAUUGGCUCUUCAUUUCUUCAUGUAGCCAUCUAUGGGGGAAACCAGCUCCAAGUCCAGCGGUACUUGACUGUCGGCUCCAACGAACAAGCCAGAAACAUGCUGUGGAUCAACAUGGUGGGCUGGACUCUGGUGGUGAUCCUCACAGCGUAUGCCGGGAUGCUCAUCUUCGCUUACUUUUGUUACUGCGAUCCACUCUUGACAGGUGCCGUGACAACUCCUGACCAGCUGUUCCCCUUAUACGUGAUGACAACAUUGCAAGGAUACCCUGGGGUUCCAGGACUCUUCCUUGCAGGCAUAUUUAGUGCUGGCCUCAGCACGGUCUCUACUGGUGUCAACUCAUUGGCAGCCAUCUGGUUCGCGGAGUUGGAUGGCACCAGCUUCAAGGAGCGGUUAACAGAAAAGAAAGCCGGCAUCACAGUCAAGCUCUUGGCUUUGUUCUUCGGAGUCCUGUCCUACCUGCUGGUGUUCCUGGUGCCGUUCAUGGGAGGACUUGUCCCGGUGACGAUUUCACUGUCCAGUAUAUUUGCUGGGUCGCUAUUCGGCGUCUUCAUGCUCGGAAUGUAUGUCAAAAGAGCCAAUAGCAUUGGAGCCACAUGCGGUUUGCUGUCCGGGGUUAUCAUUAUGUCCUGGAUAUGUGUCGGGUCUAUAGUGGCCUCCAAGUCCGGCCAGAUAGUGGACUCUGUGUUGCCAUCCUCCACAGAACAAUGCGUCGGUAACUUCACCACCGUCUCGGUCAACAGUCUGUGUUAGUAAUGUUUUGUAAUGUACAGGGAGCCACAUGCGGUUUGCUGUCCGGGGUUAUCAUUAUGUCCUGGAUAUGUGUCGGGUCUAUAGUGGCCUCCAAGUCCGGCCAGAUAGUGGACUCUGUGUUGCCAUCCUCCACAGAACAAUGCGUCGGUAACUUCACCACCGUCUCUCUCUCAACUGAACCUACAAAAGAGCCAGAGUAUGCUUGGUACAUCUACCGUAUCUCAUACCUGUGGUACUGCCUGCUGUCCCAGCUGAUAACGGUGGGUGUGGGGGUAGUGGUAAGUAUAAUCUCAGAGCCAUUCCUGCCUGCCCACCGCUGCCAGAACCCACCCCGAGGAACCUACCUACCUGCGCCUCAACAAGAUCUCCUCAGUCUACACGAGUCUUAGUUUAAAAAAUAAACCUUGUCUAUUUUUAUGUUUUUAAA